AUGCGGAUCUCCACGAAGCAUCUCCUCACCUCCCUGAGCGCCCUGCUAAUAGCGGCACCCACGCAUGCUGACCCCCUCACGCAACCAGCCGCCGCCAAACAUGGCACGCUCAGCUUCCAAACCACAGGCAACGUUACCCGCGUCACCAUCAACAACGGACCUAUAAACAUCAUCGACCCGAACCUGAUAACCGAUCUGCUCACAUACCUCGUGUCCAUCCAACCCUCAACGACCACCACCACCCCCAAAGUCGUCAUCUUUGAUAGCUCGAACCCUGACUGGUUCCUCGGCCCCCUCGAUACCGUUCUCACGCACAACCCCAUCACCCAGGACAAAAUCACCGCAACGAUCAACUAUUCCUACCUUGCGCCCCUGCUGCAAAACAUCACCACGACCGCCUUCAUCGCCGAAAUCAACGGCCGCAACAUUGGCGGCGGGCACGAACUCGCGCUGCAGAUGGACAUGCGGUUUGCAGGGCCGAACGCACACACGGGCUUUUUCGAAGACGGGCUAGGUCUCACGGUGGGCGGAGGCGGCCAAUUGUUCCUUGGCCAACUGAUCAACAAAGGCCGAGCGCUCGAAUAUCUGCUCUCAGCCAAGGCGUUCGACGGACCCACGGGCGCCGCGCUGGGGCUCUUCAACGAAUACUACCCUACUGGAGCCGCGCUGACGUCAGCCGUCAACACACUGGCCCAGCGUAUUGGGCUCUUCCCCCAGGACGCCCUCAAUGACACCAAGUCUGCGCUCGACAACUACCUCAAUCCCUCUCCCGCACUGCUGGCUACCGACGUGACGAAUUUUCUCGCGCUGAACGACAAUCCGGUGAGCCAGGCGCUCCAAACCAAGUUCCUGGCGCUGUCGGAUAACGAAACGGAUGGCGCGUUCGAGAAAAAUCUCCCAGAGGAUAUCACGGAGUUGUAUCAAUGA